UUUAUUUCUUAAAAAGUAUUCCUUUUCAAAGUAGCUGAAAAAAUAAGGAAGAUCCAAAUGAAUACUAAGUCAAAAAAUGUCAAAAUGGUGAGGAAUAUAAGAGGGUAAGAUUGAAAGAUUUAGCGGACAUCCUGAUUUUAUGCGAUUUGAACAUUUCGUUAAUGUUUCCCUGUCUUUUAAUUUAGAGAAUUAGAUUUUCAUUUCGAAGCUAAUGGCUUCAGGGGGUGAGGAGAUAAUCCCUGCUAGUCGCCGACCAGAUGGAACUUGGAGAAAGGAACGCAAAGUAAAAGCUGGCUACGUACCCCCUGAUGAAGUUGAAAAAUAUGAAAGCAGGGGAAAGAAAUUUUUGAAUGAAAUGCCAAAAUUUCCUCCUGGUUAUGUUCCACCUGCUGACCAAUCAAAACCGAUGACUAAAAAUCAAAAGAAAAAUGAGAAGAAGAAACAAAAACGAAAAGAAAAAGUCGAAGCAGAAGAGGCGUCUGCAACAAUAGUUGACGAUGAAGCACCAAAAAAGCUUUCAGAGGAUGUAGCAAAAUUGAAGAUGACAACUGAUGACACAGGACAGUCAGAUAAUAGUGAUGUUUUGAAGAAAAUAAAAGGUGUAAAGAAAAAGCUUAAACAAAUAGAUCAACUAAUUGAGAGAAAAUCGAAAGGUGAAAUUUUAGAAAAAGAACAACUCGAGAAGAUCACAAAGAGAAAAGACUUUGAAGAAGAACUCGAAAACUUAGAACUCGAAUUAGAGUAAAUGAGUGCUGAAAAUAUAUAUUAAUAGUGGAAAAGCACAGCACCUGGGCAAAGACUAUAGCAAUAUUUAGAAUUGUAAUGGACAGCAUACGUAAUAUUGGCGUGGAGUAUUUUCGAACAUAUGCAGUUAAAUCUACUCAUAACGGAUAUGGUAUAUCUAAACAUCUGUAUAUAACAUACCCUCAGUUGAUACAACCAUGCUUUUUAACAAACGUAGUUUCAUCCAAAUAUGUCCACUAUGUACAGGCUUAACUGUGAUUAGAAAAUGAAUUUUUUAACUUUUUUAAAUUAUAUCUGUCAGGUAAGAAAUUUUAUACCAUGAAAAUGAUACAAUAAAAUAUAUUAGACGAACUAUUUUUAUUCUAAAAAUAAUCUCUGUAGUACAUGUUGUAUAAGAAUAGGCUAUAACUCGAUGUGUGCAGCAUCUAUGUUUUGUGACUGUUUAAGUUAUCCACUAACAGGAAAUUAUAUUUAAAUUUUAGUUUUUUUUAAUUUUUGUUUACACGGAGUUGUUACAAAUUGCUUGUGUUGUAGUAUUUUUUGGUUUUUAUAACCAUAACAAGAAUUGGUCA